AUGGAGACACCUACAACAUCAACCAAUACAGAAAAUAAUAAUAAUAAAAAUAAUGACAAUAUAGAUAUAAAUAGAGAUACAAAUAAAGAUAUAGAUGAAAAUAAAAACACCACCACUACCACUACCACCACAACAGAUUCAGAAACAACAACAACAGUAACAUUAGAAAAUAAAGAAGAGGAAGUAUUAUCAAAGAAUCAAAAAAAAAGAUUACUUAAAACAGCAAAAUGGGAACAAUAUAAAGAUCAAAAGAAACAAUAUAUGAGAGAGAAAAAGAAAGAAAAUUUAAAAAAGAGAAAAGAGACAAUGACAUCUGAAGAGAAGUUAGAGAGAAGUAGAGUGAAACAAUUGAAAAAGAGAGGACCCGAUGUUGGCACAUUAGAGGGCCACAUUUUAUUUGAUUUCGAAAUGGAGCAACAUAUGUCAGAAAAGGAAAAGAAAUCAUUAAUCACUCAAAUGACAUUUUUACAUGGUUUCAAUAAAAUCUCAAGUAAACCAAUGAACUUAUACGCAACUGGUGUUACCGAUGAGAUUAAAUCAAUGUUAGAGAAAUCAUCACCAUUUAAAAUGUUGACACAAUAUAAAGAGACUUAUUUGGAGAAAUUCGAAAAGGCGGAUUUGGUGUACCUGACUUCCGAUUCACCAAAUGUAAUCCAAGAAUUAGACCUAUCAAAGAAAUACAUCGUUGGUGCAAUCGUUGAUCAUAAUAGAUUAAAAGGUAUCACCUAUGAGAAAGCUCAAAAACAAGGUAUUGCUCAUGCUCAAUUACCAAUUGGUGAAUAUAUUCAAAUGGCAAGCAGAAAAGUUUUAGCUGUAAAUCAUGUCUUUCAAAUUAUAAAUGAAUUUUUAGUAGUUGGUAAUUGGAAAGAUGCUUUUGAAAAAGUUAUUCCAAAAAGAAAAUUUCAAGAAUUGGGUAGAAAAAAAAGAUUAAAAUUAAAAAAACAAUUACAACAAAAAGAGAAUGGUAAAUUAAAAGAUAAUGAAGAAGAAGAAGAGGAUGAUGAUGAUGAUGAUGAUUAUGAUGAUGAUGAUGAUGAUGAUGAAGAAGGAGAUGACCAAAUAAAUGAAAAAGAUCAAAAAAAUUGUAAAGAAAAUAGUGAUGAAAAAAUUACUAAAAAAGAUAACGAAACAAAUUAA